AUGAGACAGCUAGCAUUAGCAACCUUACAAUUAAUUGCAUUAGCGGUCGUAGAUAGUUAUGGCGAUGAAACGGCUAGAUUAGUACAUGGAAAAUCUACCUCUAUAAAGGAAAAUCCUCAUUGUGCUUCCAUAAAAGUGCAUGGAAAAUACAUGUGCGGCGGAAACAUAAUCAGUAAACAACAUAUCCUAACUGCCGCGCAUUGUGUGUAUUAUUUAUAUUAUAACAAGACCCUAUUGAAAUCUACGACUGUUGUUACUGGCACAACAUACCUUAAUAAAGAUGGAGUGACUCAUAAAGUGAAAAAGGUGUAUUUCCAUGAACGUUAUGAUCCUCACGCUUUGGCUGUAAAUGACAUUGGUUUAAUAAAGCUGCUUAAGUCCAUUAAGUUUGGCCCAAUACAACAACGAAUUAUGCUCCCAAAAAGCGAUAUUGCAGUUAAUGAGAACGUUAUGAUUGCUGCUUGGGGUCGAAAGGGCUUCCAAAAACCGCUACAUAACAAUUUGCAAAAAUUGGACAUGAAAAUCAUGCUUCCAACUACAUGUCAGGCUCGUUAUAACAAAUCCAGUUUUACUAUGAGAAUUCACAAGAAUGAUUUUUGUACUUACAUUAAGAACGGAAUUGGACUGUGCAACGGUGACAGCGGUAGUGGAGUAAUCAGAAAGCGUGACAAAAGAAUUGUUGGUUUAGUGUCUGGUGGAAUAUCAUGCGCCAAGGGUUAUCCUGAUAUAUAUACCAAUGUUUAUCGUUACGUUAAUUGGAUCAAAGUUGCAUUAUUAAUACGUAGUGUAUACACUAGCUAUAGGAUGGCAUUAAACUUAGGAAGUCUCGUCGUACAUAACGAUCUACCACUCCAACCAAUAAUGAAACGAGAAGAAGAGAAGCUUCGUUUCUUUGCAGACACCAGGAUGGAUAUUUCAAAGUAUUCAGCGUACAUAGAUUAUGAAUGGGCUAUUGGAUUAAAUCGAAUUAAUUUGGCACUGUUGGGCGUUUGGCCAAAAAACAUUGAAACUAAACGGAAAAAAUUAAUAUCAAACAUUCAUACAAUUCUUAUGUUAAACACUGUAAUCUGUGGCUGCUACAUUCCGAGUAUACAUUCUUUGUUCAAAGUUUGGGGUGAUAUAAUGUCUAUGAUUGAUAAUCUACAAUAUACUUUACCGAUGUCGGUAUCAAUAAUAAAAUUAUUCAUUAUGUGGUUGAGAAAGGAAGGUAAUACAUAG